GACACUUGCAGGUAUAAAAAUCAUGAGAUUUGCUGUUUCAGGAGUCCUAACAUAACUUGUUGGUGUCAUAAUGUCAGAGGCGUACGCCCGUGAGAUACUGCGAAGGAAUGUUGCGCAAAUAUGCCAAACUAUUGGAUGGAAUGGAAUAAACUCAACUCCACUGGACAUUUUGGUGCAUGUGCUGGAGAAGUACAUAAGGUCACUUGGGACUCAAGCCAAUAGAUACGCCGAACAAUUUAAUAGGACUGAACCAAACCUGCAUGACCUAGGAUUAGUAUUUCGUGACCUACACAUUAAUUUACCAGAGUUGACAGAGUACACAAGGUGCGUCCCCCCUGUGCCACCGCCUGUAACCUCUGAAAAGUUUCCUAAGCCUAAGGAAUCAAAUUUGAACUUUCUCAAACCUGGUAGUCAUGAAGUGGUUACAAGACCUAUGCAUGUGCAUGAGCACCUACCACCAAUGUACCCAGAGAAAGAACGGGACACUCCAGUUGUGGCAGGAACUGUUGAAAUCCGUCAGAAUGGCAUUGAUAAUGUUGAAAAUAGUAAUGCAACAUGUACAAGUCCAGAAAUUUCAGUCACUGAUAGUCCAGAUAAAAACAAGGAAAUCUUUAAGAGACCCACUGAUCCAGUUUCGUUACCAAACAGUAAAAGACCAAGGUUACGUUUGGAUGAAGAGGAAAGGACCAGAGAGAUCAGCAGUGUGAUGAUGACCAUGUCAGGAUUCCUGUCACCGGCACGUGAGGGUAAACUGCCUGAGGCUCGGCCACCAGCCGUUAUGUCAGAAAAGCAGUUUGAUAAACAUAAAGUAAAUUCACAUCAUUCUAAUGUAAUAAAAGCACCAAUAGUAGAGAAAAGUGAUAAAAAAUCUAAGAAAAAUAAGUUAUUGAAUGGAAAAGUUAUGAAAAGUAAAAGAAAAGAUAAGAGCCAUAAAGGUGAGGGUAGUAAAUCUAAGGAUAGUAGUAAAUUGAAUAAGUUUCCACCAGGUUAUCCAAUUAAAAAUAAGGAUGUUCAUCCUACACAUCAUAAUCAUGUCACCAUGCCAGCGCCCAAAGCUGCUCCUCCACCACCACAGCCAUCCAGAUCUGUGAUGCCACCUCCAGCUCCGGUAGUGGAACCCAUUCGGCCUGUUCCUCAUAUCAAGCAGGAACCUGUUGAACAGCCACUACAGACAUCACCAGUUAUGUCUAAAAACUCAGCUCUGAUUGAAGAUGCAAUUCCUGUACCAAGGAAAAUACCAAUAUCAAAAUCUCCACUUGUUGCUAAUUCUGUUCCUGUACCCAAAUCACAACCUUCCACAAAUUCCUUUGUACCAGAAGUGCAAAUAAAGAAAGAAAUAAUUGAUGAGGAAGAAAAAUUGGCCUCUCAACCAGAUAGAUCAAAGAUAAAUAUAUUUAAAAGGAUAUCGAACAAAUCGAAAGAAGAUAAAGUCACUCCAGAGGUUGUUCAUGAAAAGUUACAGUCUGAUCCAAUGAUCUCAAGGUUACACAACUCUCCACAUGAUAAUGCAAGUGAAAGUAGACCCCAAGACCAUGUUAGAGUGAAAAUUGAAGAGCCCAUUGUGAACAAUAAUGAUAAUAGUGCUGUUGAUUUGUCUAAGGUUAUGGACUUGAGGACUGAUGAAGUGAUAAAUAUUGAUGAUGAUUCUGUAGAUGUGCAUCCUAUGGUGUCAAAAGCCCCACAACCAGAACAUCGUCCUAGUAUAUCAAUUAAUAAAUCUCUGCAGGUACCCUAUCCCAAAGAUAUAGCUAGUGUCAGUCCAAAAAUUAAAAAAGAAAAGAAACACAAGGACAAGAAAGAUAAAGCUGCAAAACUUGAAGCAAAGUUAUUAAAGAAACAACAACAAAUAGCAUUUGAGAUAGCCCAAGCUGAAAAGCAAAGUAUGAAAAUGAGUGGUGUCAAACCACCUAAAUCAAGUAGGCCAAAGAAUGAAUCAAAGCUGCCACAAAUGCCACCUGGUUUUCCCUUCUUCCCUCCUGGAAUGACUCCAGGACGAGGUUUGAUGCCUGGGCCAGGCUUAAUACCCACACCUGGGUUAAUACCUAAUAAUGACUUUUUAGCUGAAUUGGCUAAUAAUCCAGCACUGAGAGGGUUGCCAGCCUCAAAUAUGCUCACCAAUCCAUUUGCAUUAGGUGCUGGUGGGCCUGGCUUAAUUCCUGGACCUAGUUUUUUGCCUGGUGGUCUAAACCCUGGUAUACGAAAUCCACUCAUCCCUAUGAGUACCUUUCCUCACACAUCUAGAUCUUCCCCUAUGAAAAUACCGUCAAUGUUACGUCGUCGUCCUAGCUUAGAAGUAAUUCCUGUUGAUAAUAAUGAUGACGACAGAGGCAUGCAUAAAUCAAUGAUGGGCAGAGACAAGGACAGACACGACAAGCACAAAUCUCAAACCAUUCCAAACAUUUUACAGAAACAUAAAUCCAAGUCACAUAAAGAUCAUAAAUCAAAUAUGUUUAAAAUGCCUCCAGUAACACCAGACAUAACAAUAGAAUUAAAUCCUCCAAAGAUGGACCCUGUAAGACAAGAGCCGCCUAGGCAGUCUCCUAUCCCGCCUCGUUUGCCGACACCAGAGCCGAUUGUUGAAAAGAAACCUGAACCGGUGCCAGAACCUAUCAGAGAAUCGUCACCGGAAAUUCCGCAGGAAAAAGAAAUAGAAAGCACAGAAAAGAAAAAAGAUAAAUCACACAAAAAGGAGAAGAAGGAUAAAGAUAAAGAUGGCAUAAAAAUCAAGAAGAAAAAAGAUAAAAAGGACAAGAACAAAGAUAAGUCAGAUAAGAAAAGGGAAAAAGAAGAGAGGCAAGAGUUAAAAGAAAAAAUUAAAAAAGAAAAGAAGGAAAAAAAGAAAGAAAAGCAAGCAGAUGGCUUAGUUCCGAAGCUCACGCUUAAACUAAGUUCGUCUAAUUCGAAUUCACCAAUGCCACCAAGUUCACCAGAUCUAUACAAGUUGAAUAUUAAACCGGUAAUGAAAAAGGAUGACGAGGACGAGGAUUCACCUAUGAAAGAAGAGCCUCUAUCCAGAGAGCAUAGUCGCUCUCCAGAACUCGCGCAAAUAUCUGCUCUAGUAACGAGGCCACCAAAACAAAAACAUUCAAAACACAACCACAUUGCAGAUAUCGAAGGUCACUCCUCUUCCCCGCCCUCUGGGAGCUCGCCUCCACGGAAGAGCACUCCAUCAUCCUCAUCUAAAUAUAAGAGGAUAUUAAUAAAACCAUUGAGUAAGAAAGGUCAUGUUGAACACUUUGAUGAUGAUGUUGCAUCGAUUUCUGAGGAACCUGCGCCAGCCCCCGCACCGCCACCCCCCGCGCCUGUUGAUAAACCAGCAGGUCCGUUACCCACACCAUAUUACGUAGAUGAGUGCGGCAAUAAGAUUUGGGUAUGCCCUGCAUGCGGUCGGCCGGACAAUGGCUCGCCCAUGAUUGGUUGUGACGGCUGCGAUGGCUGGUACCACUGGGUUUGUGUUGGUAUCACCGAAGAACCCGGCGCAACAGAAGACUGGUUCUGUAAGUCGUGUCUCGCGAAACGCGCCGCAAUGGCGCUAGCAGGUGUAACUUCCGCUGGUAAAAAGAGGGGCCGAAAACCCAAAGGGGAAAAAAUUAGAGACUGUCAUUGAUUGGACCUUUUGUUGUUAAUGAGAUUAGUGAUAAUUUUCCGUUCGAUAGAUACGAGUAAAAGGAUGCUGAAAGUUGUUAAUGAAUUAAUUGUUGAAUGAUAUCAUGAAGAAAAAUGUUUUUCAUCAUUUAUAAUGUUAUAUCAUAGGCUUCAAUUAAGUAUAGAUAAUAAUGAAUAUUGACAUAAAAUGUUGAACAUAAAAAUAGUGUAGUUACUUGUAAUAAUUACCAUAAUUUUAAAUAUUUUGUUACGAUUUCUCUUUAUUUCUCGUUCGCUCGGUUAGAUCAAGCUGUAAUGCGAUGGCGGGCGUGUUAUACACUUCUCGCGUGUAAACAUAGAUGAUAAUAUAAGAUUCUUUUUAUAUUGUACAAAAACUGAAUUUACUUAAGAAAUUGGUGAUGUAUAAAGUAAAUGUAGUGAAUAUUUAAAUAAACAGAAAUAAGGCUGGAUGAAUUUUCAGCUAAUAUUUGAAUAUUUUCAUAUUAUAAUUUUAAUAUAACCCUGUUUUUUUUUUGUUGAAGUUGUUCCUUCAAUUUUUGUACAGAGCAGGCACUGUCGCACAGUUUUCCUUGUUGGACGUUCUUGUAAUGAAAUGCAAAGGAAUAUUGUUUCGCGUGCGAGAGUGCCUGCUCUAUUGCAUUCGACUUACUUGGAGGGGAGGCAAAUGUAAAUUUUUAAUUUCAGCCAGUGGCCAAUUAAAUAUAUUGGUACUCGAA